GGGGCACGGGGGGGCAGCGGCCAUGGGCCCUCCGCCCGCCCGCCGGGCCGCGCUGCCGCUGCUCCCGCUGCUGCUGCUGCUGCUGCUGCCGCCGCCCGCACCGGGACCCAACACCGGCAUCGCCAUCGCCGCCGGCAUCGAAACCGGCACCGGGAGCACCGCCGGCAUCGGCUCCGCCAGCGGCAGCGUGAGCGGCACCGGGACCGGCAUCGCCGCCGGCUCCGGGAGCGCCACCGGAACCGGCAUCGGCUCCUCCACCGGGACCAGCACCGGCAUCGCAAGCGGGAGCGGCACCGGGAUCCGCCCCCGCCUUCCCGGCGCGCUCCCGGCGCCGCUCCAGCCCCGCCGCGGCGGCACCGGGGACAGCGGCGGCUCCGGCGGCACCGGGGACAGCGGCGGCACCGGGGACAGCGGCGGCUCCGCGCGGCCCUCACCGAGCACCGGGGACAGCGGCGGUGGCGCCGGGCCCGCACCUGGCGAUGGGACCGCACCGGGCACCGGCGGCGGCGGCGGUGAUGGCGUUGGGGGGUCCCGAAGCACCGGCGGCACCGCGGGCGUCAGAGGCACCGCCAGCACCGGCGUCACUGGAGCCGCCGGGAACGCCGGAGCCACCAGGAGCCCUGGAGGCGCUGGGGACGCUGCAGGAGCCAGGGACGCUCCUGGAGGCACCGGGGAUACCGGAGGAACUGGAGGCACCGGGAGCACCCAUGGCCCCAGGGACAGCGGGAGCGCCGGGGAUACCGGACACACCGGGAACACCGGGGCCGGGCUGAGCCCUGGGGGGCGGGGCACUGGGGACACCCCAGUCCAGAGGGACAGCAGGGAUACUGGGCACACUGGGGAGACUGGGAGAGACACCGGAAGCGCUGGGAAAGUCCCCGGGAGCAACAGGGACAUUGGACAUAAUGGGGAGCCUGGGAAAGUCCCCAGGGACACUGAGAGCACCAGGGAAGUCCCUGGGAACACUGGGAAUACUGGACAUACUGGGAACACCAAAAUCCCCAGGGACACCAGGAACACUGGGAAUACUGGACAUACUGGGAACACCAAAAUCCCCAGGGACACGGAGAGCAGCAGGAAAGUCCCCAGGGACACCGGGAACGCUGGGAAUACUGGGCACACCGGGGACAGCAGCGGCACAGGGGACACGACGGCCUCCAGGGGCGUUGGGGACCCCCAGCCCACGGCAGCCCCCAGACCCCCCGCGCCGCCCCGCCGGAGCCCCAACACGGCGCCGCAGUUCCAGCCCUCCAGCUACCAGGCCACGGUGGAGGAGAACCGGCCGGCGGGGACGCCGGUGACGCGGGUGACGGCGCAGGACCCCGACGAGGGCGAGGCGGGGCGGCUGCUCUACUCCAUGGCCGCGCUCUUCGACAGCCGCUCCGACGCCCUGUUCGCCGUGGACCCCGUGACCGGCGCCGUCACCACGGCGGCGCCGCUGGACCGCGAGAGCAAGAGCACCCACGUGUUCCGCGUGACGGCGGCCGACCACGGCGCCCCGCGGUGCAGCGCCAUGGCCACGCUCACCGUCACCGUGGGCGACGCCAACGACCACGACCCGGCCUUCGAGCAGCCCGAGUACCGCGAGAGCGUGCGGGAGAACCUGGAGGUGGGCUACGAGGUGCUGACCGUGCGGGCCACCGACGGCGACGCCGGGCCCAACGCCAACGUGCUCUACCGGCUCCUCAACGCCGGCGGCGCCAACGAGGUCUUCGAGAUCGACCCCCGCUCCGGCGUCGUCCGCACGCGCGGCCCCGUGGACCGGGAGGCCGUGGAGGCCUUCGAGCUGCUGGUGGAGGCAGCCGACCAGGGCCAGGAGCCCCGCAGCGCCACGGCCACCGUGCGCAUCGCCGUGGAGGACGACAACGACAACGCGCCGCAGUUCAGCGAGCGGCGCUACGUGGCGCAGGUGCCCGAGGACGUGGUGCCCAACGCGGCCGUGCUGCGGGUGACGGCCACCGACCGCGACAAGGGCAGCAACGCCCUGGUGCACUACAGCAUCGUCAGCGGCAACACCCGCGGCCACUUCUACAUCGACGCCCAGACGGGCGCCCUGGACGUCGUCACCCCCCUGGACUUCGAGGUCACCAAGGAGUUCACGCUGCGCAUCCGGGCACAGGACGGCGGCCGCCCGCCCCUCUCCAACAUCAGCGGCCUGGUCACCGUGCAGGUGCUGGACGUCAACGACAACGCCCCCAUCUUCGUCAGCACGCCCUUCCAGGCCACCGUGCUGGAGAACGUGCCCAUGGGCUACUCCGUCAUCCACGUGCAGGCCAUCGACGCCGACUCGGGGGACAACGGCCGCCUGGUUUACACCCUGCUGGACACCGGCGCCGGCUUCCCCUUCGCCAUCAACAACGGCACCGGCUGGAUCGUGGUGGCCUCCGAGCUGGACCGGGAGGCCGUGGACUUCUACAGCUUCGGCGUGGAGGCGCAGGACCAGGGCACGCCCCCCAUGGCCUCCACGGCCAGCGUCAGCGUCACCGUCCUGGACGUCAACGACAACAGCCCCGAGUUCACCCACAGGGAAUACGGCGCCCGCCUCAACGAGGACGCGGCGGUGGGGACGAGCGUCCUCACCGUGUCCGCCGUCGACCGCGACGCCAACAGCGUCAUCACCUACCAGAUCUCGGGCGGCAACACCCGCAACCGCUUCUCCAUCACCAGCCAGAGCGGCGGGGGGCUCAUCUCGCUCGCCCUGCCCCUGGACUACAAGCUGGAGCGGCAGUACCUGCUCACCGUGGCCGCGUCCGACGGCACCCGCCAGGACACCGCCCUGGUGGUCGUCAACGUCACCGACGCCAACACCCACCGGCCUGUCUUCCAGAGCUCCCACUACACUGUCAACGUCAACGAGGACCGGCCGGUGGGCACCACGGUGGUGGUGAUCAGCGCCACCGACGAGGACACCGGCGAGAACGCCCGCAUCACCUACCUGAUGGAGGACAGCAUCCCCCAGUUCCGCAUCGCCCCCGACACCGGCGCCGUCACCACGCAGAUGGAGCUGGACUACGAGGACCAGGUGUCCUACACCUUGGCCAUCACGGCGCGGGACAACGGCAUCCCCCAGAAAUCCGACACCACCUACCUGGAGAUCCUGGUGAGCGACGUCAACGACAACGCGCCCCAGUUCCUCCGCCACUCCUACCAGGGCUCCGUCUACGAGGACGUCCCCGCCUUCACCAGCGUCCUGCAGGUCUCCGCCACCGACCGCGACUCCGGCCUCAACGGCAGGGUCUUCUACACCUUCCAGGGGGGCGACGACGGCGACGGCGACUUCAUCAUCGAGUCCACCUCGGGCAUCGUCCGCACCCUGCGCCGCCUGGACCGGGAGAACGUGCCGCUCUACUCCCUGCGGGCCUUCGCCGUGGACAAGGGGCUGCCGGCGCGGCGCACGCCGGUGGAGAUCCAGGUGACGGUGCUGGACGUCAACGACAACCCGCCCGUCUUCGAGCGCGACGAGUUCGACAUCUUCGUGGAGGAGAACAGCCCCAUCGGGCUGGUGGUGGCCCGGAUCACGGCCACCGACCCCGACGAGGGCACCAACGCCCAGAUCAUGUACCAGAUCGUGGAGGGCAACAUCCCGGAGGUCUUCCAGCUGGACAUCUUCUCCGGGGAGCUCACGGCGCUGGCCGACCUGGACUACGAGGCCAAGGCCGAGUACGUGAUGGUGGUGCAGGCCACGUCGGCGCCGCUGGUCAGCCGGGCCACCGUGCACGUGCGGCUGCGCGACGCCAACGACAACAGCCCCCAGCUGAAGAACUUCGAGAUCCUCUUCAACAACUACAUCACCAACCGCUCCGGGAGCUUCCCCGGCGGCGUCAUCGGCCGCAUCCCGGCCCACGACCCCGACGUGUCCGACCGCCUCACCUACGCCUUCGAGCAGGGCAACGAGCUCAACCUGCUGCUGCUGGACCCCCAGAGCGGGGAGCUGCGGCUCAGCCCCGCCCUGGACAACAACCGCCCGCUGGAGGCCGUCAUGAGGGUCUCCGUGUCCGACGGCGUGCACAGCGCGAGCGCGCAGUGCUCGCUGCGGGUGACGGUGAUCACGGACGAGAUGCUCAGCAACAGCAUCACCCUGCGCCUGGCCGACAUGUCGCAGGAGCUCUUCCUGUCACCGCUGCUCGGCCGCUUCCUCGAGGGGGUGGCGGCCGUGCUGGGCACCCCCCGGCACCGCGUGGUGCUCUUCAACAUCCAGGCGGACACGGACGUGGGGCCGGCGCGGAUCCUCAACGUGAGCCUUUCGGCUCUGCUGCCGCCGCCCGCCCCGCCGCGCUUCUUCUCGUCCGAGGAGCUGCAGGAGCGCCUCUACCUCAACCGCUCGCUGCUGGCGGCCACCACGGCGCAGCGGGUGCUGCCCUUCGACGACAACGUGUGCCUGCGGGAGCCCUGCGAGAACUACAUGCGCUGCGUGGCCGUGCUGCGCUUCGACAGCUCCGCGCCCUUCCUGGCGUCCGACACCGUCCUGUUCCGGCCCGUGCGGCCCGUGCCGGGGCUGCGCUGCCGCUGCCCGCCCGGCUUCACCGGCGACUACUGCGAGACCGAGAUCGACCUGUGCUACUCCAGCCCCUGCGGCGCCCACGGGCGCUGCCGCAGCCGCGAGGGCGGCUACGCCUGCGAGUGCCACGAGGACUUCACCGGGGAGCACUGCGAGCUGAGCGCCCGGGGGGGUCGCUGCACCCCGGGGGUCUGCCGGAACGGGGGCACCUGCCUGAACCUGCUGGUGGGGGGGUUCCGGUGCCAGUGCCCCCCCGGGCACUACGAGAAGCCCUUCUGUGCCAUGAGCACCCGCAGCUUCCCCCCCAAAUCCUUCCUCACCUUCCGCGGCCUCCGCCAGCGCUUCCACUUCACCCUCGGCCUCACGUUUGCCACUCGGGAGCGGGACGGGCUCCUCCUGUACAACGGGCGCUUCAACGAGCGCCACGACUUUGUGGCCCUGGAGAUCGUGGGGGAGCAGCUGCAGCUCACCUUCUCCGCAGGUGAGACCACCACCACCGUGUCCCCGUUCGUGCCGGGGGGCGUCAGCGACGGGCAGUGGCACCGCGUGCAGCUGCACUACUACAACAAGCCCGUGGUGGGGCGCUCGGGGGUCCCGCAGGGCCCCUCGGAGCAGAAGGUGGCCGUGGUGGCCGUGGAUGACUGUGACACAGCCCUGGCCCUGCGCUUCAGCCACCGCCUCGCCAACUACUCCUGCGCCGCCCAGGGCACCCAGGGGGGCUCCAAGAAGUCUCUGGACCUGACGGGGCCGCUGCUGCUCGGGGGGGUCCCGACGCUGCCCGAGAGUUUCCCGAUCCGGAGCCGGCACUUCGUGGGGUGCAUGAGGCACCUGCACAUCGACCAGCGCCCCGUGGACAUGGGCACCUUCAUCGCCAACAACGGCACCCUGCCCGGUGGGCCCCCCAAGAAGACCCUGUGCGACCCCAGCACGUGCCACAACGGGGGCACCUGCGUGCACGAGUGGGGGUUCAGCUGCCGCUGCCCCUCGGGGGGCAAAACCUGCCAGGAAGCGAUGGCGGCCCCGCAGCGGUUCGUGGGCAGCAGCCGCGUGGCGUGGGCGGGCUGGCGCUGCCCCGCCCUGCCCUGGCACCUCCGCCUCAUGUCCCGCACCCGCCACCCACGCGGGGUCCUGCUGAGCGCGGGGCGGGGGCGUCGCCCCCAGCUGCUGGAGGGGCAGCUGGAGGCGGGGGCCUGGCAGGCCGGAGCCCCCUGGCCCUCGCUGCGCCUGCCCCAGGCCAAGGUGGACGAUGGCGCGUGGCACCACGUGGAGCUGGAGCUGCGCGGGGGGACCCCCGGCCGCGACCCCCCCGCCACGCUGCUGCUCCUCCUCACCCUCGACUACGGCCGCCACCAGGUGUGCCGUGGGGACGUGCCCGGCGAGCUGCAGGGGCUGCGGCUGCGGACCCUCAGCAUGGGGGGGCUGCCCGGGGAGGGGGGCACCGUGCAGGAGGGGUUCCGGGGGUGCCUGCAGGGGCUGCGCGUGGGGGACACGGCGGUGACGGUGGGCGCCCUGAGCCUGGCCCAGGCUGCCCAGGUGAACGUGGAGGGGGGCUGUGCCCUGCCCGACCCCUGCGACUCGGGGCCCUGCCCCCCACACAGCUACUGCAGCGACGACUGGGACAGCUUCUCGUGCCGCUGCCACUCCGGGUACUUUGGGGACAGCUGUGUCAGUGCCUGUGCCCUGGACCCCUGCGAGCCCCCCGGCACCUGCGCCCGCCGGCCGGGCACAACCCCCGGCUACGCCUGCCACUGCCCCCCGGGCACCUUCGGGCCCCUGUGCCAGCACCGGGAGGCCCAGCCGUGCCCACGGGGGUGGUGGGGACACCCCACGUGCGGCCCCUGCAGCUGCGACGCCUCGAGGGGCUUCGACCCCGACUGCAACAAGACCACGGGCGAGUGUCGCUGCAAGGACAACCACUACCGCCCCGCGGGGGGUGACACGUGCCAGCCGUGCGAGUGUUACCCCACGGGGUCGCUGUCGCGGCGCUGCGACGCCACCAGCGGGCAGUGCCCCUGCAAGGCCGGCGUCAUCGGCCGCCACUGCGACCGCUGCGACAACCCCUUCGCCGAGGUCACCGCGGGCGGCUGCGAAGUGAACUAUGACAGCUGUCCCCGGGCCAUCGAGGCCAACAUUUGGUGGCCCCGCACCCGGUUCGGGCUCCCGGCGGCCGCGCCCUGUCCCAAGGGCUCCGUGGGCACCGCCCUGCGCCACUGUGACGAGCAAGGGUGGCUGCCCCCCAACCUGUUCAACUGCAGCGCCCUGGCCUUCGCCGCCCUGCGCCCCUGGGCGGAGCAGCUGGUGGGCAACGAGUCUCGCUGGGACGCGGGGCAGUCGCGGCGGGUGGCGCUGGCGCUGCGCGAGGCCACGCGUGGGGCCCGUGGGUACUUCGGCAGCGACGUGCGGCUCGCGUACCGCCUGGCGGGGGCGCUGCUGCGCCACGAGAGCCGGCAGCGAGGGUUCCGCCUCGCAGCCACGCAGGACGUGCACUUCACGGAGAACCUGCUGCGGGUGGGCAGCGCCCUGCUGGACGCGGGCAACAAGCGGCACUGGGAGCUGAUCCAGCAGAGCGAGGGGGGCACGGCCCAACUGCUGCGCCACUUCGAGGAGUACGCGCGGGCCCUGGCACGGAACAUGCCCCAGACCUACCUGAGCCCCUUCACCAUCAUCACCCCCAACAUCGUGGUGUCGGUGGUGCGGCUGGACAAGAGCAGCCCAGCGGGUGCCCGCCUGCCCCGCUAUGAGGCCCUGCGGGGGGAGAAGCCCCCGGACCUGGAGACCACCGUGAUCCUGCCCGACAGCGUCUUCAGGCCCCCCGAGGGCAGGCGCCCCUCGGGUGGGCACGGGCAGGAGGAGGAGGAGGAGGAGGGGGAAGAAGAGGCUGAAGAGGAGGAGGAGGAGGAGGAGGAGCAGGAUGGCGAGGGGACCGUGGUGACCCGGCACAGGCGACACCCGUCCCUGGGCGAGGGCCAGGCCAUCGCCAGCGUCAUCAUCUACCGCACCCUGGCUGGGCUCCUCCCGCCGCGCUUCGACAGCGACAAGCGCAGCCUCCGGGUGCCCAAGCGCCCCAUUAUCAACACGCCCGUGGUCAGUAUCAGCGUCCACGCGGGGGGCACGGGGGGCACGGGCACCCCCCGGGUGCUGGCCAAGCCCGUCACCCUCCAGUUCCGGCUGCUGGAGACACAGGAACGCUCCAAACCCAUCUGCGUGUUCUGGAACCACUCCCUGCGGACGGGGGGCACGGGGGGUUGGUCGGCGCGGGGCUGUGAGGUCGCCUUCAGGAACCGGAGCCACGUGAGCUGCCAGUGCCACCACCUGACCAGCUUCGCUGUCCUCAUGGACAUCUCCCGGCGGGAGAACGGUGAGGUGCUGCCCCUGGCCGCCCUGACCUACGGCUCUCUGGGCGUGGCCCUGGCGGGGCUGGCGCUGGUGGUCGUGGCCCUGGGGAGCCUGCGGGGGCUGCGCUCCAACCGGCACAGCAUCCGGCGGCACGGCAGCUGCGCCCUGCUGCUGGCACAGCUCGUCUUCCUGCUCGGCAUCAACCAGGCCGAGCUGCCCCUGGCGUGCACGGUGGUGGCCAUCCUGCUGCAGUUCCUGUACCUGGGGGCGGUGGGCUGGGGGCUGCUGGAGGCCCUGCACCUGUACCGGCGCCGCAGCGAGCCCCGCAGCGUGGACAGGGGGCCCAUGCGCUUCUACCACGUGCUGGGCUGGGGGCUGCCCGCCUUCAUCACCGGCCUGGCCGUGGGGUUGGACCCCGAGGGUUUCGGGACCCCCGAGUUCUGCUGGCUGGCCCUGCACGACCCCCUGGUGUGGAGCCUGGCCGGGCCCGCCGCCGCCGCCCUCGCCGUCGGCGUGUUCUUCCUGGUGCUGGCGGGCAGGGCCGCCUGUGCCGCCCCACAGGCCUUCCGCAAGAGGGCUCGGCGUGAGUCGGGGGUCCACACCGCAGCCGUGCUCCUGGCCGUGCCCAGCCUGGCGUGGCUGCUGGCCCUGCUGUCGGUGAACAGCGAUGCCCUCCUGUGCCACUACCUGUUCGCUGCCUCCAACUGCCUGCAGGGCCCCCUGAUGUUCGUGUCCUGCGUGGUGCUGAGCAAGGAGGUGCGGAGGAGCCUCCGCCUGAGCUGCGCCCGCCGCCACCACCCCCCGCUGGCCACCAAGGCCACCCUGACCCCCGCGUACGGCGGGGACAGCACGUACGUGGCGGGCCGGCUGUGCCCCCCGGGCGGGGGCUCCUCGGGGUCCCUGCACAGCACGGCCCGCUCGGGCAAGAGCCAGCACAGCUACAUCCCCUUCGUCAGGAGGGAGGACUCGGGACUGGCGGGCAGUCCGGGGCCGCUGCCCGAGCCCGGGGGGCUCUUCCAAGACUCGCAGGAGCAGCCAGAGGAGCACGACACGGACUCGGAGGACAGUGACCUGUCCCUGGACGACCCCAGCGGCUCCUACGGCUCCACCCACUCGUCUGACAGCGAUGACGACCCCCCAGGCUGGGACCCCCUGCCCGGGGCACCCCCGGCCCCCGGCCCCAGUGCCCCCCCGGUGCCCCCGGGGUGCCCGUACUGGCCGGGGGAGUUCGUGACCACGGCGAGCGAGAGCGAGGGCGCGGCGGGCACCGAGGGGCUGCGGGUGACACCCGCGGGGGGGGCACAGGCACCCCCCCGGGGAGACCCCCCCCGGCCCAACGGGGACCCCCUGCUGCUGCCCCUGCCCCACCCACACAAAGGGAUCCUGAAGAAGAGGUGGCUGCCGCCCAUCAGCGAGCGGGGGGGCGGGGGGAGCUCCCAGCGGGCCCCUCCCCCGCCCCCCGCGGGCACGGCGGCCUCGUCGGGCAGCGAUGGGGGAGCCCCCCCGGCCCCCCGGGCCCGGCAGAGCCUGCAGGAGCAGCUGAGCGGCCUCGCCCCCCUGGCCAUGAGCAUCCGCACCGGCACCGCCGACGAGGACUCCUCGGGCUCCGAAUUUCUGUUCUUUAAUUUCCUCCAUUAACCCAUGGGGGGGUCCCGCCCACCCUCACCAACCCCCUUUCCAUCACCCC